ACGUAUCGCUGUGUUGGUGAACAACCGCACACCACACACCGUUCUAUGCGUUUGUGGUUCCAGAUAAAAGCCAUCGUAAUUCCAGGGCAACAUACAAAGCUGCCAUCUCUUUGUUGACCAAGUGGCCGUGCCGUGUUUCGUCUUUUUUACCGGCUUCGCUAAAUUUGCCGUCUCUCUACCACCGCUAACCAUGAGCAACGGAAAGCAUCUUGCAAAAGGCUCCUCGCCACCAGAGCUCCCGAACGAUGGUAAGCUGCGCCUGUACUCGAUGCGCUUCUGUCCCUACGCCCAGCGAGUUCACCUAAUGCUGGACGCGAAGAAGAUCCCGUACCAUGCGAUCUACAUCAAUCUGUCCGAAAAGCCCGAAUGGUACUUUGAGAAGAAUCCGCUCGGUAAGGUGCCGGCGCUGGAAAUUCCCGGCAAGGAAGGCGUCACCCUGUACGAAUCGCUGGUACUGUCGGACUACAUCGAGGAGGCAUACUCGGCGCAGCAGCGCAAACUCUACCCGACGGACCCGUUCCGCAAGGCGCAAGAUCGUAUCCUGAUCGAACGGUUCAAUGGUGCGGUCAUUUCGCCGUACUAUCGCAUCCUGUUCUCGACGGACGGUAUUCCACCGGGUGCCAUUACCGAGUUCGGCACCGGGCUGGACAUCUUCGAGAAGGAGCUGAAGGCACGGGGCACACCGUACUUUGGUGGAGAUAAACCCGGCAUGAUCGAUUACAUGAUUUGGCCAUGGUGCGAGCGGGUCGAUCUGUUGAAGUUCGCUCUCGGCGAUAAGUACGAGCUGGACAAGGAUCGGUUCGGUCAGCUGCUUCAAUGGCGAGAACUGAUGGAAAAGGAUGACGCCGUAAAGCAAUCGAUCAUUUCCACCGAAAACCAUACGAAAUUCCUGCAGAGCCGUAAGAACGGGGAAAAUAACUACGAUAUCUUGGCAAAUGAUGCGAAAAAACCAAGGUUGGAAUAAUAUGCGUGCGAGAAACAAUCCACAAGGAUUUCAUAUCAAUCCAAACGAUCGUCUUGAAGCGAGGGCUUGACUGAUUAAACAUACCAAUUAUUGUGCUACUUUA